CCUCCUUUGAAGAGCCGACCAAUUGCUGUUGAGGUGGGCGGAGUUUUACGGAUAGCGCAGGAUUCAAACUGAACAUGGCUGCCGGGAAAGAUGUUGAUGAAAGCAUACAAAAUAGAAGCAUGGUGACCCAUUGUGAGGAAUCGCCCGGUGCCUCUUAUUCAGUCAGACCACCUGUCGUCUUCAACCCAGAUUUUUUUGUUGAGAAACUUCGCCACGAGAACCCCGAUGCUUUCCUGGAGCUUGUGCUCAGUAAUAUAACUCGGCUUAUUGAUCUUCCUGGGACGGAGUUUGCCCAGCUCCUCGGUGAGGAGGGCCCUAAGACCCCAACGACAGGAAAUGGAGGCUUUUUCCGAUCUUUUAACUUCCUUAAACGAAAAGAUAAAGGCGUUGUCUUUGGCACCCCUCUGACUGAGAGCUGCAUUGCCCAGAUCUAUCAGCUUAUUGAGUACCUCAGCAAAAAUCUACAUGUGGAGGGUCUGUUUCGGGUACCGGGGAAUAGUGUUCGGCAGCACGCCUUAAAGGAGCUCCUUAAUAGUGGGGCUGAUGUUGACCUGGAGGCUGGAGAUUUCCACCCCAAUGAUGUAGCCACACUACUUAAGACUUUUCUGGGAGAGCUGCCGGAGCCUCUGCUGACGCACCGACACUUCCAUGUGCACCUUAAGAUAGCUGACAUGACUCUGUUUGAUGAACAAGGCAAUAAAACCUCAGUGCCAAACAAGGAACGUCAGAUUGAGGCCCUGCAGCUCCUCUUCCUUUUGUUACCUCAGGCCAACCGCUCGCUUCUCAAGCUGCUGCUGGACCUGCUUUACCACACUGCCAAGCAGCAGGACAAGAACAAGAUGUCUGCCUACAACCUCGCGCUCAUGUUUGCCCCACAUGUCAUCUGGCCCAGACACAUGACAGCUGGUGACCUUAAAGACAACCUGAAGAAACUGAACAACAGCAUGGCCUUUCUCAUCAAACAUUCACAGAAACUCUUCAGGGCUCCGAUUUACCUGCGGGAAUAUGCCAGGAUCCACUUUACGGGGACCAAGGUUCUGCAGAGUAAGGAUGAUCUGGACCUGCUGGCAGUCAGCAGCUCUCCUGCUCAGCGGAUGGCGUUGCCUCUGAAGAGGACAGCUGUUCUGGGCCCCAGUUCACAGGAACAAUAUCAGUCACCCGCUCAACAGUAUACAGAGGAGGCCUUGAAGGAGCUCUUCAGACAUGUUCAUCAUAACAUGCCUGACUCUGCCAAGAAGAAAAAACUUGUCCGACAGCUUGUCAAACAGGCUCAUCCAGGAACGCCUAAUGAGGACCAUCUGGUCCCUCCAGCUGCCAGCAAGAAGCACCCACGUUCCCGCUCCUUUGGAGGCCUUAUCAAGCGAAAAGCACGAGGCGAGCAGAUGAGAGAGAGACACAUCUCCCCUGAAGCUGCUGGAAGAAAGCUCGGUAAAGAAAACGUCCUCCUGCAGCCGAUGAACAGCCCAUCAGCUGGUCCUGUUAUGGGGAACGCAGGACUUGUAGUUAAAAAUCCAGACUUUACCUUUCACAAGGACAAAGCUCUCAGGGUUUCUAAGCAGGACUCUCCCUCAGUCUCCAGGAUGCGUUUCUCUCCAGCUCAGGAAAUCUCAGUGUGAAACCCAGCCCACCCCCCAACCCCCCAGACUGGACUGGGACAGUAUUAAACAAUCAUUAUGUAUAUAACUUCCUCUGACUAAUAUGUAUCGAACUGAGCCAACAGAGUCGCACUAAUAUCUGAAGUGACUGUUGACAAAAUGGUACAGGUAGUUGAAUAAGUUUUCAUGUUCUAUUUAGAAUGACAGCAUUUUAGGAAUAUUAAUAGAUUAGAGCCAUAAUAAUACAUGUAAGAAAUAUUAGCAGCUCAUUCAGUAACAGUAGAUCAGCUGUGUUCAGACUAACCUGUAUUGUUUUUGCUGCAGUGGAACAGAGUGGGGUUCUGAUUCUGCUUCUGUUUGAGUUACUGAAACAAUAACCACUAUCAGAAUAUGUAUCAAUGUUGUACAGAUUGUUUUUAAUAGUGUAUAGCAUUUUUAUGGGAAUUGUUCGGUGUUAUUUUGGAAGGUGUGUGUGUGUGUGUAAGUGAGCUACUGAUUCAAUUUCAGUGAGCUGUUUUAUUUUUUUGGGCCAUCUUGAUUUUAAUAGGUCUUAACUGAACUCUUCUCUUAAUGCUGUUCAAAUUGAGAGCAUCAAUUCAGUUUUCUUUUAAUGAAAGAUCUAAUGUAACAUUACCUUUUUUUGAGGUAUUUUAUUUAUUUUUUUAUUGGGUUCAUUGAUGGCGGGAGGUUAUUUUGUUCAGUGGUGUUUGGAGGAAUUGUUGAUGGCUAACGUGGAAGUUGAAGUUGAGUUCCCCCAGUUUGAGCAGAAAUCCAUCAGUCAGUCUAUUUCAGCAUAAAUGACAUCCUGGUUGUAGGGCAUGAGAACAGCUUUACAAUGGAGAAACUACUGGACAGAGAAUUUUUGUUAUAACUAAAAAAAAAAGUCCAACAGGAGGUGACUUCAGAAAAUGCUGAGAAUGCUUUCUGAUUGAGUAAAGAUAAACUAAAGCAAAUGGCAUUGAGGUGGGAUCAUUUGCAUAUGUGAUUUUAGCUGUGUUUAUAAAGCGUCAGGCAUGCAGCCAUCUGAAAGAGGGCUCUCUAUCAUUACAUAUUUUACCAGCUAGUCUUAUGACAUGUCCAUAGACGACCACGGUGCACAGCUGAGGUUAUUUUUAGCUCCAACAAUUGAACAAGAAAAUUUGAUUAAAAAAAAAAAAAGAAAAUGACAAAAAAAAUUAACACUUUUGUUUUCUGUUCUGUUGCACUUGUUUUCAGAUGUGUACACUUAGUGAAAAGCUGAUGUGCACUUAGAAUUUCCUCCUUUUUAAUUCUGAAUGCAGCAGAAGAAAUAUGGUGGAGUUUUUUGUGUAUUCAUCCUUUAUGCACCUGACCCAGAGUCUGAUGGAUACUAAGCACCAACAUGGCCACCCCUUAAACUCCCAACAUUUCAUUUGAUCCUGUCAACAGUAAUGCUGUUUUCAUUUAAAUGACAUUCUUUGUGUGGGGAAAGGCAACAGCAUUCCAAGCUUUACCAUUCAGACCUGUUUAGAAUCAGAUCUGAGCCGUUCGUCUCUAACCUGUGUGCACCGCCCCUUUUAAAUAUCUGAAAACUUAUUCAUGCUUGAUCUUUGUUAUCGCAUGCUUACUCUUUACUGCAUGACUCAGUGAUGAAUGCUCAGUUGUUGAAUUGCAAGUUCAAAUACACCGACCCCACAUUUCCAGCACUGUCAACUAGUAUUCCUCAACAGAAGAAUAUUUCAUCUGAUUUUCUUUGGAGGUCAUUUUCAAAUAACCUGGGAAUUUAUUUGAACCCCAAACUCUUCUGUACUCCUCCGGAAUAAAGUGAUGGAGAGAUGUUUCUUGUUUAGGAUCAGUUCGUUUACCUGAGUGUUUGAAAUGUUCUGCUGUUGUGUCCUGUUUGGAUUGUGGGAAGUUCUGAUGGAGUUGGAAAGAUGCGUUGCUGAAAGUGAUUGAAGGGGUGAACCUUACAGAAGGAUAAUAAUAUACCUCAUGUAUUCUACGGUUGGAUGCCUUGUUCUUCUUUUUAGACACAUCAGUUUUAUUUUGUGUAUUAAACUGAUAAAUGUCAGUUGUCUAAAGUUGAAUUUGGGACUAAGUUUCAUCCUUAAUAUUUUGGGUCGUGUAGAGACGGGGUUUUGAAAUUUACUGUUGGUUAAAUUGAGCUCAUUUGGGAUCUAGACUCCUGUUUAAGUAGGGGAACCUGAUCAGAACUCACGAGGUCAGUUAAAUCUGUUACAUUUUGCUGUGAAAUAUUGUUUUCCAGUGAAACAUAAACCUUGUUGCAUAUAUGUGAAACAUGCAGCUGGUCUCUCUGCCCAGCAGAUUCGUUACACUGUGAGGACGAAUUACAUUUAGAUUAUUUUUUUCUUCAAGCUUUUAUGUGAAAUCUACACUAUUUUAAUUAAUGGGGGUAUUUGGAAUGCUAACAGGACACUUUAAUACUGCUUGACUUGUCCAAGAACAUUACUCCCAACACUGGUGAAUUAAUCUGCGACUUUUUCUCAAUGUGGUUUUAACUGUGGUUCCCUGUUUUUGUAUUUUUUUAAAUGUAAAAUAAGCUAACCUUGUACAGUGUGUUCCAUAGCAAACCAUCUGCUUCAUAUUAAAUCUUUUUAUUUUCCACCAAA